AUGAUACGCCAUCUCUCUGUGCAUGGUCGAUCUGGUCCGUCUACACCAGGACAGUUGGACGCCUCUCGCGGCCGUACAAGGAGCACGUCCAACACAACGUCAGUACAGACGCAAGUGACUGAGUUGAAUCUCAUUGGCCGCGCACACGUCAAAGGUCUGCUACAUCAGCUCCUGAAAGACGCUCAUGUGGAAGACAUCGAGUCUUGGGAGAGGACGCUUUCUCCCAUCUUGACGCUUGUUGCUGAAAACAUCCGACCAAAGGUCAAAGAAGGAGCAAGCGCCUACAUCAACAAUUAUGUCAAGAUCAAACGUAUUCCAGGAGCAAAGAUGAGCCAGACGCAGUUCAUCUCAGGAGCUGUCUUCACCAAUAAGCUCGCACACAAGCGCAUGGCCAGGCAUAUUGAUAACCCGCGCAUCAUGCUCAUCUCGUUCCCUUUAGAGUAUCAUCGAGCAGACUCGCAGCUCAUGUCUCUCGAACCAAUCAUUGCUCAAGAAAAGGAAUAUCUCCAGAAUUUGGUGAGUCGCAUGAUGGAUCUACGGCCGUCGCUGGUUCUGAUUGAUCGAAGCGUCAGCGGCCUUGCGUUGGAAUACCUGCUCGAGAACAAUGUCGCAGUUGCUUACGGUGUCAAACCCACAGUGAUGGCUAUUGUCGCAGAGUUGACUGGUGCGGACAUCAUCACAUCCGUGGAUCGUCUCGCUUUCCAUCCUCGCGUGGGAAAAUGCGAUAGCUUCAGUGUCAAGACCUUCAUCAAUUAUGAACCGCCAAAGCCCUUCAAGAAGACUUAUAUGUUUAUUCAGGGUUGUCCACCAGAUCUCGGCUGCACAGUGGUUUUACGAGGAGCUCCCAUGUCGACGCUUGAAAGUAUCAAACGCAUCAUGGAGCUGAUGAUCUUUGUCGUGUACAAUCAGAAGCUGGAAGCGAGUCUUGUCAAGGAUCAACAUGCAAUACAACGCGCACCGGAAUCUUUCCUUGCUUUGCAAAAUACCGAUGACCUCAACCUAUUGGACGCUUCGUCCGGCGAAGCGCUGCGUGGCAAACCUUUCAGCAAAAUGAUUGAGCUGUUUGAGCAUCGCAUCUUGUCAUCGUCGCCGGGCGUGCAAUUUGAACCGCCGUACAUUCUCCGCAAGGCGUAUGAUCUUGAGACGCGUCUCGAGCGUCACAAGAUGCUUCUCGAGAAGAGCGAUAGCCAAGAGCUCACUGACCACGAAUCGAAGCUGCUGUAUGGCAACAAUCUGGAUGAUAUUUCGGAUCUGAGCACUGAACAGCAGCGAAAUGUACGACAAAUUGUGCAAGCAGCAGAAGCCAGUCGGCUGCAACAGGAGUUGGAGCAUGUCAAAAAUCAGUGGGAAAGUUUGCUUGAUCAGAAUCCAGAGUUGACCAGCCCAUGGACGCGCCAGUCUAUUUCCGUCUUGUACUCUACUGUGUGCACAGAGUCGGGAACGCCAUGCAGUCUACCACAGACUGAAGUCAUUGAGUAUUACAAGGACACCUACAAUGAGUAUCCACUUGGUCAAUACGUGGAAGAAUGUAUUAUUGCUGCUAUGCACCCGUGCCCUACUGUCUUAUGUCAGCGCCGCAAUAUGGAUCAUCAUCGCAGUUAUGUCCAUGCAGAGGCGCGCGUGACUGUGGUCACAGAGCCUUUUCCUUGUCAUUUGCCAGGCAUGCAGGACACCAUUCUGAUGUGGAGCUAUUGCAAACAGUGUAAAAUCACCAGCCCGCUCGUGCCCAUGUCCGAUAACUCGUGGGCAUAUUCGUUUGGCAAAUACCUGGAGUUGACCUUUUACGACAAGGACUUGUGUGUGCGCAUCGAAGAUUGUCCUCACAACUUGUGCAGAGACCAUGUUCGCUACUUCGGUUUCCGUGACAUGGCAGUCCGCUUUGACUACGACCCAAUCGAAAUCAUGGCGCUCUCGGUACCACAACCACGUAUCGAUUGGAAACCAGAGGGGUUCAUCCGCCUCAAGAAUGAGGAAUUCAAGUCACUGCAAUUCAAAAUCUCUGUCUUCUAUGACUCGCUCGAGUUCCGGCUGUACAAUAUGAAUGCUGAGACGCUAGUGAUUGAACAGACGGAGGCUUAUAAGGCGGACAUUGCCAUCAUGCGACAACAGGCAAAAGACGAGCGUGUCUAUCUGGCCAAUCUCUUGCAAGAAAUCCAUGACAAUUCGCCACCUCUCGACUAUCUCUGCCUCAAUCGAGCUCUGAGGGCGACGCAAGAAAAGGUGACUCAGUGGAACCAGACCUUUGAAGAGCUGGAGCGCCUGUAUCUGCCAUCAGAGAAGGACAUCAGGAGGCUCACUACAGCGCACCUCAAGAAGCUGUUCUUGCCCGAUGAGUCCGUCCGACCUGCUCUGACGGAAGAAGAUGUUGACGUUGAAGCGAAGCGAUCCGUCAGUAUGCCAGUCGGCAUGACUCCCGACAAAGAUGAGACCUCGGAGAAGACAGGUGUGGCAGAAAAGGCCAAGCCGGCGCCGGAGAAAGUCAUUCACCCAGUAGCUUCUAUGCCUGUCAUUGGCGAGCAUGAUGAGGAACCAAAAGGAUUCCACCCUCGCCGCGUGUAUGAGGACUUGGUGAAACCACGGGUCGAGGCCGCUUCAGAUGCUGAGAGCCUGGAUCUUGCACGAGCAAAUAUUAUACCCGACUUGAAUGCUACAAAGGCUGAAUACUCGGAAUUACCCAAGCCGGCAGGACUAUUGCGGACCAAGUCUGAGGAUGUUGUGCCUAUGCACCGACCGGCUGGCUCGCAGGCCUCAUCACGCACUUCUUCUGUUGACCUCAAGCACGGCCCUAGUGGCAUCCCGGUUCCGAGAUCUACCAUGAAUGAAGUCUGGCAUCUGCGCAAAAAGUCGACGUCAGGCUCCCACGUCCUGAGCAAGCAGAUUCAAGACCUUGGCGAAGCUAUCGUAGGAUCUGUGGAAAAGCGCUGGCAGGAGCAGAAGCGAUUUAGCUCUGUGUACAAGGAUACACCGCAAAAGAAUAAAGCUGGAGAAACAAAGGUAUCCAGUCUGGCAAAACACUUCGAUCAACUCUCGCGCGAAUUCGAGAAGGAACGUCUCAAGGCACGUAAACUCCUCAGCUCUCGUGGUCGUCCUACCUUUGCAGUCGCCACUUCCAAGCCCAAGGUUGCCGUUUUCAACAAUGUCGAUGACGCAGUCGAUGAAUCUGAUGAUGAGGACCCGAACCUCGAACCGUUGCUCGACUACAAUGCAGAGCCCAUUCUCAUCAGCAAUCCGGCGACAGGCGAGAACACUCCAAAGUCGACCCCGCUUCUUCAACCAAACAUUGUGGGAGUAGUGUCUACAGAGCAAAUUCCGGAGCAACACCUUGGGCCUGACCCAGGCUGCAAGGAACUCGACGAGGGAAUCAGCGAGACCGAGAGCGUCAGCCCUGGUGAUGCGAGGAAAGUAGUGGUGCAGCGGCAAGAGUCCGAUAUGUCGACUGGCCUGGUGCCCGCUGCCGAACGAUCGACUUUGCUCAAGACAUUGUCCAACUUUUGGGCAGAUCGAUCUUCCAGUGCUUGGACGGCACUGGAAUAUCCAUUGCCGCCAUCCGAGCACAUGUUCUUGGAAAGCGAUGUGGUGAUUCGGGAAGAUGAACCAAGCUCUCUGAUUGCGUUUACGUUAAGUGCAGAAGAAUAUAUUGCUGAGAUUGCCGCUCUGCGAGAAGCCGCGCGGCGUAAACCUGCACAAGACGAUCUGAACAAUAUGCGAUCAAACUUGAAACCAGAGGACCAGCGUAUACACAACACUUUGAAGAAUGCGACCGGAACACACAUGCGAUUUAGCUGGGGAGGUUCUGGUAGCAAAGCUGGGGUCAGACUGGCCUCUCGCAUCUUUUUCGCUGAACAAUUCGAUGCACUCCGACGCUUCUGUGGUUGUGAUGACAAUUACGUGGCUUCUCUCUCCCGUUGCGUCAAGUUUGAUUCUUCCGGUGGCAAAUCCGGUGCGGCGUUCCUCAAGACUCUGGACGAUCGCCUCAUUGUCAAGCAAAUGACAAAGAUGGAGACAGAACAGUUCCUCAAAUUCGCGCCAAACUACUUUGAGUACAUGGCCGAAAGCUUCUUUCAAGGUUUACCCACCUGCUUGUGCAAGAUUCUAGGCUUCUAUCAGAUCACAAGCAAGAACCCAGUCACAGGCAAAUUCUUCAAAAUGGACGUCAUGGUCAUGGAGAACCUAUUUUACAAGCGAAAGACCAGCAGAAUCUUUGACUUGAAAGGCAGCAUGCGCAAUCGCAAGGUUCAGCAAACGGGCAAGGAGAAUGAGGUUCUGCUGGAUGAGAACUUUGUCGAACUUGUCUCCGAGAAUCCGCUGUUCGUGCGCGACCAUGCUCGACGGUUCCUCAAAUCAGCCCUGCACAACGACACGCUAUUCCUUGCACAAAACAAUGUCAUGGAUUACUCACUCGUCGUCGGCAUCGACGAUGAUAAACAUGAGCUUGUCGUGGGCAUCAUCGACUUCAUUCGCACAUACACAUGGGACAAAAAGUUGGAAAGUUGGGUUAAGGAGCGCGGGCUCGUAGGAGGGGGCUCUAGCAAGCCGACUGUCGUCACGCCCAAGCAGUACAAGGUUCGCUUCAGGGAGGCGAUGGAUCGCUACAUCUACGCAAUCAAGUGA